GCAGGCAGAGCGACUCGACAGCACGCAAAAACUCGAAGGAACACCGAGGGAAAGAAAGAAAGAAAGGCAAGAUGCAGCGGCCCCAACUCCCGGUGAUCGAUUUCUCCGGCUUCGACCCGGCGGCCGACGGAGGACCCACCUGGGAAGCCACCCGGGAGCAGGUCAUGCAGGCGCUCGGAACCUGCGGCUGCUUCGAGGCCGUCUACGACCGAAUUACUCCCGAGCUCCGGCAGUCGCUCCUGGAGGUGAUCGCCAAGGAUCUGUUCCGCCUCCCUCUCGAGACUAAGCUCAAGAACGCCUCCGACAAGGUCUACGACGGCUACCUCGGCCGGUUCCCGAACCUCGACUACGAGAGCCUGGCCAUCAAGGAUGCGACCCUGUCAGACGCCAUCCCCAGCUUCGCCAGCCUCAUGUGGCCCGAUGGGAACCCCAACUUCUGCGAGAGGGCUUCCUCCUUCACGAAGAAACUGGCGGAGUUGCAGGGGAUGAUAAGGAAGAUGGUCCUGCAGAGCCUGGACGUGGCUGAGUACCAUGAAGAGCAAAUGCAAUCGACAUGGCACCUGCUCCGGUUCUCGGAGUACGGAGCGCCCGGCGAGGAGACGAGGAAAGUGGGUCAGAUGGCACAUCGGGACGCCAAUCUGUUGACCGCAGUGUGCCAGCUGAACGGCGUUGAUGGGCUGGAGGUGGAGACCAGAGACGGGCAGUGGCUCCAAGCCACCCCCAGCUCUCCCGCCUCCUUCUUCAUCAUCGCUGGAGAAUCUUUCUGGGCGUGGAGCAACGGCAAGGUGUACUCCCCCAUGCAUGGCGUCACGGUGAGCGGCAAAGAAACGAGGUACUCUGUUCUGCUGUUCGCGAUGCCCAAGAAUGAGCGCCCGAUUCAAGCCCCAGUCGAGUUGGUGGACGACAAACAUCCCCCCAUCUUCAAACCCUACUACUACGAUGAUUACCUGAGGUUCUGCUUCUCAGAGGAGGGCAUGAUGCAACAGUUCAAGCUAGUCGCUUACUGCGGGACGGACGCAACCAAGGAAGCUGAUGCAUGAUCGUGUCGUUCAUAUUACUGUUGUCUUUUCAGGACGUAUUGCAUCUUUUUUCUUUGGUAAUAAGAAUGGACUCUGAUGCAUUGCUGGAUCCAGAGAUUGCAAUACAUGAAGUCGUCGAUCUCAAAUGUAGGGUCGCUUGGUUGGUCUUCCCAUGGUUUUUAAGAGCUUGGUAUUUGGUAAUGGUUGCACAGUGUGCCUUUCCCUUCU